AUGUCGGACGCGAAUCGCGCGAGCUCGAACGACGACGUGAGCGCGAGCGCGAGCGCGUCGGGGGGUCGAGGGAAUGAUUCGAACGAAACAAAAAAUGCUUCGUACUCCUUCAUUCGCGCGACGACGACGCGGUUGGCGUCUUCGUCGGCGUUUAUCGUGUUCGUGACGUGCGUGCUUUCGGUCUUGAUCGAUCGGAUGACGCCGGUGCGCUCGAGCGCGGUGAGCGAUCACAGAGAGGCGUUCGCGGAGCGCAGAGCGCGGGUGCACGCGCGGACGCUGGAAUCCGGCGGCGCGCGGGCGACCGGGACGCCGUCUGAGUGGUCGGCGUUCGCGUACGUCGACACGACGUUGACGGAUGCAUUACGGCCGGUGAGUUUGUCGAACGCGACGACGGUGGAGCGGGCACGGCGGACACACGACGGAUUUGCUGGGGGGUCGUGGCGGACGACGUACGGCGGCAUCGCGAGCCUCGGCGCAAGGAUCAGGAGCGCUCGGGCGCAGAGAGAGGGUUGGGAGGAGCACGCGGUUGUCUUGAGCGUGCAUAUAGACACGGUGCACGCAAGUGUGGGCGGGAGCGAUAAUGGUGCCAACGUUGCGACGGCGUUGGAGACGACGCGCGCGUUGGCGCAGCGCCUCGCUCGAGUCGGCGGAGACGCGAUGUGCGAUGUCGAGGCUCGUCGGUGCGCGGCGGUGAUCGUGAUGUUUAGCACCGCCGAAGAGGAGGGUUUAGCAGGGGCGCAUGGACUCGUUCGGACGCACGAGUGGUUUAGCGACGCAAAAGUGCGGGUGCAGCUUGUUUUGAAUUUAGAGUCCAUGGGCGCCGGCGGGCCGCAUCGCCUUUUUCAGGCGCGGGCGGACAGCGACAUCGCAAGACGAGCGCUCAGGGCCUGGGCGCGCCAUGCGCCGCGAGCGAUUGGGACAGUACUUUCAGAAGACAUAUUCAACAGCGGGGUCAUCAACAGUGGGACAGAUUUCGCAAUUUUUCGACGAUACGGCGACGUGCCGGCAAUCCUCGAUUUCGCCUUCGUUGAGCGCACAUCAGUAUAUCACACGCCGAGAGACCGAGUCAAGUACAUGCGACCGGGGUCAUUGCAACACUCGGGUGAAAAUAUACUCGAGUUCAUGGCGUACAUCGUCGCACACGGCGGUUUUGAGAGCGAGACAAACGACGAGCGAGCGGCGCGGCCGAUGUCUUGGUACACCAUUCCGGGCUACGGCAUGGUCACCCACGACUCACCAAGAGUGGAUUCACACGUUGUUUUCCUCGCCGUACCUCUCUUGACGCUCGCGACAAUCAUCUAUCGAACGCACGUGGGAGAGUUUUUCACGUCCAGAACGCUCUCGGCGGAGGAGACGGUGGCGCACAUGGAGAACACAUUCCGCGCAUUGGUCACCACUCCUCUCGUGUUACUCGGGAGCGCGCUCGCGUGGAUUACCGCCGUCUUCGUCGCCGCCGCCGCGCCAGUGAUAUGCGCGUACACAUCUGCUGAGCCGAACCUUUACAUUUCUCGCCCGCUAGGCCUUAUCGCCCUUUCCGGCUCCGCCUCGUUCAUCGCCUUUAUCGUCACACAGAAAUUCACCGCAAAGCUCACAUUUGCGCUGGUACCACUUUCUGAGAAGAUGAAACUCAGUGAUCAGGCGUGGCGGAUCACCGAGUGGUCCUUACUCAUCGGACAAGUCGUGGUAUGGGGCCUCGCCGCGUCGCAGACUACGCGCGCGGGCAUCGGCUCUUCAUACGCGCCGCUUCUCUGGCUCGUGUUUCCAACAUCCAUUGCUAUUGCUCCCGCGUUGUUAACGUGGUUCGGCGCCCGUUCGCGAGAUUAUGAUAUGCCUUCGCCACCUUCAGGGACGAAGAUCGCUCUUUCCAUCGCCGCGCCGCUGUGGAUCACGUCCCCGAGCGCUCUGUUGUUGCUUCGCGUGCUCCAGGGCGUCGGCUCGCGAGUGCCGGUGGAUGACGAAGCAAUAUAUCUCUACGACGGUAUCGCCGGCGCUGUUAUCGGAGGCUUUACCGCCAUGACGACCAGUCUAUUCGCACCGAGUUUGGUGACAUCGAAGGAUGAUCCUCAUCAGUGGCUUCGCGCGGUAAAAUUCGCCGGCGGAGUGCUCGCGUGCGCACUCGUGUACACGCUCUCUUUCAUGCGCGGCGCUGGCGCGCAGUGGACCACGCUUGCGCCGCAACCGUUGGUCCUGACGCACAUCGUGAGAGCGUCAUCACAAAGCGCACACAUUGUCAUCGCUCGCGCUGGUGCGUCCACGCUGCGAGGCGUCGAGUCGGUGCUCAGGGAAAAUCCAACUGUCCUCGAUUCGCUCUCGAUGGAGUGUUCGGCCAACGCAACGUUUGAUAUCUCCACGGCUAUCGCUCGCGGCGCUUGCGUCGUCUCCGGAAACAAUUUGUACGAUGAAAUGGUGGUAACGGGCUCGAUACCACCCUCUUUCGGCGAGGUUCGAAGCGUCGGUCGUUCACGACGCGUUGAGAUAUCCGUUGGCGACGGUCGUAGAUGGUCCGUCUCCGCAGACAAACGCUGCGUCGAGCGCGUCGCCGUCUUAUCCGUCGAGAUUGACGCACCGACAGAUGAGGAUUGGGUAGUCAUCGACCCGUACGAGCGCGGACGUGCGACGCGAGUGAUUUUGAACGGCGUCGGGGGCGAUUCUUCCGCCCGAACAAAAUUCACGCUCUGGUAUCAACCGCGCGCGUCAACAAAUUCUUCGUGUUCAGAAGCCGUGCGAUUGCGCGCGGAUUACACGGCUCGCACCCCGUCGAUCGCCAAGAUCGACGUCGCCUUACCCAAGUGGGCCGUGCCUUUCGGCAAGCACCUCAGCCCUCAGUGGCUCGCCCUUUACGAGACGCUCGAUGUCUCCUAA